UAUAGGCUGCUAGAAAUACGGUGGGAAAGCAGGAAGAAACAAAGAUUUGUAUUAAAUAUCCUUGCUCCAAUACAUUGUAAACGUUGUCAUCUGCUGGCGAACCCGCGGAUCACAUUCGCAAUUCAUGUGACGUUAUUUGUAGGAAUAAACAGAUAGUCUCUCCCAUUACCUAACCUGACAGACAGUCGCCAUGACAGCGGAGGAGACCAUUAACAUCAAGGAGGUGGAGGUGAUCAAACUGAUGCUGGACUUCCUCAACUCCAGGAAGCUCCACAUCAGCAUGCUGGCCCUGGAGAAGGAGAGCGGCGUCAUCAAUGGCCUUUACUCUGAUGACAUGCUCUUCCUCAGGCAGCUGAUUCUAGAUGGCCAGUGGGAAGAGGUCAUACAGUUCAUUCAGCCUUUAGAGGGCAUGGACAAGUUUGACAAAAAGAGGUUCCGCUACAUCGUCCUGAAACAGAAAUUUCUGGAAGCCUUGUGUGUGAAUAACGCCAUGUCAGCUGCCGACGACCCUCAGAAUCUGGAGCUGUCCAUGCAGGAAGCGGUCAAGUGUCUCCACAGCCUGGAGGUGUUCUGCCCCUCUAAAGACGACUACAGUAAACUCUGCCUGCUCCUCACCCUGCCCUGCCUCACCCAACACGCUGAGUUCAAGGACUGGAACCCUAGCACGGCCCGGGUGCACUGCUUCGAGGAGGCCUGCGCCAUGGUGGCUGAGUUCAUCCCUGCCGACAGGAAGCUGAGCGAGGCUGGGUUCAGGGCCUCAGGGAACCGCCUCUUCCAGCUGCUCAUCAAAGGAGUGUUGUAUGAGUGCUGUGUGGAGUUCUGUCAGAGCAAAGCUACGGGGGAGGAGAUCACAGAGGACGAGGUGCUCUUGGGCGUGGACGUGCUGUGCGGCAAUGGCUGCGACGAACUCGACCUCUCCCUGCUCUCGUGGCUCCAGAACCUCUCGCCAGGCGCCUUCUCCUGCGCCUUCCAGCAGAAGACCCUGGCCAUCCACGUGGAUCCCCUCGUCAAGCCUACCAAGGCCGGCCACGCCGACCUGCUCACCCCACUCAUCAGCCGGCUUUCCCCCUGUCCCUCCUCGCCCCUGCAGAGGCCCCAGUCGGCAGACACCUACAUGUCGCGGUCCCUGAACCCGGCGCUGGACGGGCUGUCCCAUGGCCUGGCUGCCCAGACCCAGAACAAGAGGGGCACGGAGGGCAGCGUGAGGCCAGCGCUCAGCCAAAGCAUGGUGGAGAAUAACGUGCGCCAGCUGGACGACGACUCGCCAGAGAGGAUUGUCCCACCGGUUCUGGCCUCCAGUGGACCAAAUGUCAUGCGCACCCCACUGGCACCGGGGACGGACGGUGGGCCACCAAAUGAAAAAGAGCAUGACAGUGAGCAGGUCCAGGAGUACUACAGGCAGAGGAAACGUGUCCAGCAGCACCUGGAGCAGAAGCAGCAGCAGAGACAGCUGUACCAGCAGAUGCUCCUGGAGGGGGGGGUUCACACACAGGAGGGGCCAGAUGCCCAGAACACCCUCACCUGGAGGGAGCACAACCUCACAGAGACGUUCCUCAACAGGUCCAUCCAGAAGCUGGAGGAGAUGAACGUGGGGAUGGACAAUGUGGGGGAGGAGGGGGGGGUCCAGUCUGUGAGCCAGCAGUGUAACGGGAGCCCUGGACCCGACUCCAGUACCCAGACCCAAGAGACAGGCCCCCUCAGGGACAAGCCGGGGGGGGUCAGCAGCACCCCUCUCAUGGCAGGGUCUCAGGGCAUGCCCUCCUUCGACGAGUCCCCCGUCCAGAACACUCGUAGUGCUCAGAGGAACAGGGCCCCUCUGCCUACACUUCAGGAUGACUCCGGCGGCUCCCCGAUGCGCAACAAUUCUCAGAAGAUGGAGAAGCCCAAGGCCCAGUUUGUGGCUGUGAACAGUCUGGAGGACACGCAGGCGUUGCGCGCGGUGGCCUUCCACCCCACGGGGGCGCUGUACGCCGUGGGCUCCAACUCCAAAACCCUGCGCGUCUGUGCUUACCCAGACACCCUCAACACAAGUGGGCCAGGCCCAGUCAAGCAGCCGGUGGUGCUCUUCAGAAGGAACAAGCACCACAAGGGUUCCAUCUACUGUGUGGCCUGGAGUCACUGUGGACAACUGCUGGCCACAGGCUCCAAUGAUAAAUAUGUCAAAGUGCUGCCCUUCAACGCAGAAACCUGCAAUGCCACAGGGCCAGACCUGGAGUUCAGUAUGCACGACGGCACCAUCAGAGACCUGGCGUUCAUGGAGGGUCCAGAGAGUGGAGGGUCCAUCCUGAUCAGCGCCGGGGCCGGAGACUGUAACAUCUACACCACUGACUGCCAGAGAGGACAGGGGCUACACGCUCUCAGUGGGCAUACAGGCCACAUCCUGUCUCUGUACGCGUGGGGGGGGUGGAUGAUCGCCACAGGCUCCCAGGAUAAGACUGUCCGCUUCUGGGACCUGAGAGUGCCCAGCUGUGUGAGGGUGGUGGGGACAGCCCUGCAUGGCUCUGGCAGUGCAGUGGCCUCGGUGGCUGUGGACCCCAGCGCUCGUCUCUUGGCAACGGGCCAGGAGGACUGCAGCUGCAUGCUCUAUGACAUCAGAGGAGGCCGGAUGGUGCAGACUUACCGCCCACACACCAGCGACGUGCGCUCCGUCCGUUUCUCCCCCGAGGCACACUAUCUGCUCACGGGUUCCUACGACAACAAAGUCAUAAUCACUGACCUGCAAGGUGACCUGACGAAGCAGCUUCCUCUGACGGUGGCGGCGGAGCACGGGGACAAGGUCAUCCAGUGUAGGUGGCACACGCACGACCUCACCUUCCUGUCCUCCUCCGCAGACAGGACAGUCAAACUCUGGGCCCAGUGUCCAUGACACUGCUGGCUGGCACUGGGAACUGUGGAAACCACCGUGGAAACUAUCUCUCCUAAAUCUGGUGUUACUGGGAACACUGGAAACCACCGUGGAAACUAUAGCUCCUAAAUCUGGUGUUACUGGGAACACUGGAAACCACCGUGGAAACUAUAGCUCCUAAAUCUGGUGUUACUGGGAACACUGGAAACCACCGUGGAAACUAUAGCUCCUAAAUCUGGUGUUACUGGGAACACUGGAAACCACCGUGGAAACUAUAGCUCCUAAAUCUGGUGUUACUGGGAACACUGGAAACCACCGUGGAAACUAUCUCUCCUAAAUCUGGUGUUACUGGGAACACUGGAAACCACCGUGGAAACUAUAGCUCCUAAAUCUGGUGUUACUGGGAACACUGGAAGCCACAACAAGCACAACACACAGUCCACAUCCUUGGACAUACCUGCCCCUGUACCCCUCCACAAGGCUCUUAAGAGGUGUGUGUGUGUAUGCAUGCUAUAUGUAUAGUGUAUAUGCUGUGUGUUUACACUGGAUAUCACUGCUGUGUCAUUUAUGGCAAUGCUUUUAGCCUUUCUUUAGCAUCAGAACCUCUUGCUAUCUGUAACCUUCAUUUGACUGUAAUGAUAAGGUGACACCUCUAUAGUCCUGUUGAAAAUAAUAUACUCAUCAAAUGCAUGUUAGCAUCAUAUUCUACACUUGCUUAAAGCACACAGCAGUCCCUCCUGUUGUUUCCAUAUAGUCCAGUUAUUAGCUAGCUGUUUUGACGGAUGCACAAUGGCUUAUUUAGUCCAGUCAAAACACAUUAUGUGAAUCAUAUGGUGCCUUGGGUAACCGUUUUGAAUUUUGAAUGUGCGGUGUUCAUUUUCAGUUUCAAGAUGGAUGCAAGAAAGGAGGCCUUCAUAUCUAAAGCUUUAUCUUGACAUGUUCUCAUUUAACAGCUUGUAAAUGUUUUAGGUUUAAAAUAAUCCUAACAUAAAUUGCUGUUGGUAGUGCUAUGCUGCUUAUCAAACAAAGAUCUCAAACUUGGGAAUACAUGGAGUGGAGUUCUAAAAUACAUGGAGUAGAGUUCUUGAAGUAUGUGAUAAUUACUCCAUAUGUUGUUGGAGGAUUGUGUCUGGGAUUUCAUCUGUUUGUGGAUUUUUGUAAAUUAAUUUUAUAAAUAUUUAAAGGGGAUCUUUUCUGUAAUAUUAUAACAAUUGUUAAUUUAAUUGUAAUGAAUAGUAUUUGAGUUGGGCUGAAGCUUGCUUGUAUGGUAAAUGAUAGUGACUGACUGUAUAUGGUUGUUUUUGGACAGCAACUAUGACAAUGAUGAAUAAGCACUUGCCCCUCUGUGGACAGCAAUAUAUGGAGCGCUAUUAGUGCUAGAAAUUAAAUCAAUUUAAUCCCGAUACAUUUUUGGUGGCACUAAUAUCACUCCAUGGGAAUACCUGUCAGCAGAUGAUAAGUUUUAACAGCACUGUAAUGUACUUUGUCAAAUGUGAAGCCUUUGCUUAAAUCAAAGGGUUUUUAUACACAUGCAUAGAAAUACAUAUUAGUGGUAAUAAACGUUGUCAUGUACCACCUUAGAGUAAAGAGAUGAUCAACACUGCACAUUGGAGCACUUAGCUGUGUCAAAGUAGGCCUCUAUGUCAGUUUCCCUGCACAAGUAGUUCAAUGGUAUGAUAUUUAGUGAUUUUGGUGAACUCAGAAGACAAAAUAAAGGCAACUACGACAUCA